CCAAACGAAACGACAACACAUCUUGCCGUUUCAUUCUCUCUCUUUCCCUACCUGCCUUCUUCAUUCCGCCAUAACCAAAACCUAGAGAGAGAAACAACCUCGUUAACAGUUCUUGAUAUUUUCACUAGAGAGAGAAAAUCAGAAAACAGAGUAAACCCGCAUUUUCCCCAUCUCAAUAUUGUCUUCAAUCUUGAUAUUUUCACAGAUUAGCACCAUGGAUUUUCAGAUCUAUGGUGCAUUGGGGAUCUUAUUUUUCAUAUUUUAUCUCAUACCACCUGCAUCCAUCAAUGCAACUGAGAUUCCUCAACAACACACCAAAUCUAGCUCUACCCAGAUCAAUUCAAACUCGGUUCUAGUCGCGCUUCUGGAUUCGCACUACACUGAGCUAUCCGAGCUCGUUGAGAAAGCCCUUCUUUUACAGACCCUUGAGGAAGCAGUAUCUCGUCAUAACAUCACCAUUUUUGCUCCGAGCAAUGAAGCUUUGGAGAGACAUUUAGAUCCUGAGUUCAAACGGUUCUUACUUGAACCUGGGAAUCUCAAAUCUCUACAGAAUCUGUUGCUAUUUCAUAUCAUUCCGUCUCGGGUCGGGUCGAAGGAGUGGCCGGAGGAGGAUUUAGCAUCAGUAGCGUAUGAAACACUGUGUGUUGAGGAAGCUGAGAAUCAUCUGCCGUUAACCCGAGAAAACUCCGGUGAGAAAAUAGUGGUUGGUUUAGCUAAAGUAAUCCGUCCCGAUGAUGUAAUCAGACCAGAUGGGGUGAUUCACGGGAUUGAGAGAUUGUUGGUGCCCAGAUUAGUACAAGAAGAGUUUAACCGGAGAAGAAGCUUGAGUUCAAUUUCAGCUGUUUUACCCGAAGGAGCUCCGGUGGUGGAUCCGAGAACCAACCGGUUGAAGAAACCAGCCACUCCAGCUCCCGCCGGUGCUCCACCAGCACUACCGGUAUACGAGGCGAUGGCUCCGGGGCCCUCUCUAGCUCCGGCACCAGCACCAGGUCCAGGCGGACCCCGCCACCACUUUGACGGCGAGAACCAGGUGAAAGACUUCAUCCAAACACUCCUCCAUUACGGCGGCUACAACGAAUUAGCAGACAUAUUGGUCAAUUUAACGUCAUUAGCGACGGAGAUGGGUAAGCUGGUGUCCGAGGGUUACGUUUUAACAGUCUUAGCUCCCAACGAUGAAGCCAUGGCUAAACUGACAACAGACCAGUUAAGCGACCCCGGUGCACCGGAGCAGAUAAUUUACUACCAUUUGAUCCCGGAGUAUCAAACGGAAGAGAGUAUGUACAAUUCCGUACGGCGGUUCGGUAAGGUUCAGUAUGAUACAUUGAGGCUGCCGCAUAAGGUGGUGGCGGAGGAGGGUGAUGGAUCGGUGAAAUUCGGACAAGGGGAGGAGACAGCUUACUUGUUUGACCCGGAUAUCUACACCGACGGAAGAAUAUCUGUGCAGGGUAUUGAUGGGGUUUUGUUUCCGUUCGAGCAGACGGUGGAAAAACCGGCCAGCAAGGUUGCUCCUGCGCCGCCGACGAAGAAGAUCGCGGCUGAGCAAAAAAGAGGGAAAUUAGUGGAAGUGUCAUGUAGGAUUGCUGGAGCAUUUGGACAAGAUUUCCAAUUUAAAAGCUGUAAUCUUGAUCUAUAAAAUUGAAAUACAAUUUCCAAGAAAAUGCAUAAAAAGGGGUUAAAAUUGAACCACUGAGCUGGAUUCAAGGAAACAAUAUAGCAGAUGGAUGCUGCAUUUUGCAUUCAAGGAAGUUUCUCACACAAAAAGAAAGUUUGGCUUUUUUUUUUUAUAAUUAUAAUUUUAAUCUUGAUUUUUGAGGUAUUGUAUGUUUGUAUGGAUGGAAUGGUGUAAUUACUACUAUUAGUAGAAGUGAUUCUUUGGGAACACAAAUACAUAAAUCAUUUUGUACAAGUGAUGUGUAGUUGGUUUGUUUAUGAUGUAUCAACUACUAUAUGACAGGUUAUAGAUUCAAGUUUUGAUUUAAUGAAGUCACAGGCAUAGGUUUGUUUAUAUUUGAG